UCCGGCCGGUUCCCAGCCCUCGUGUGGCGCCGUAGUGUAUAGCUAUGGCGCCCCGCGUGUUUCGUCGACAGACCCUUGAACGGUGUCUGAGGGAAGUCAGAAAAGCCACCAACCGACCCGAGUGUUUCCUCACGAUUCAAAAUGGACUAGCAUCAAACCUCACUUCAUUAACAAAAGUUCUGUAUGAUUUUAAUAAAAUAUUAGAGCAUGGCCGGAUCUCCGGAAGUCCUUUGCAGAAACUUGAGAUAAAGAGUUUUGAUGAUGAGCAGAUUUGGCAACAACUAGAACUGCAGAAUGAACCAGUCUUACAGUACUUCCAGGAUGCGGUUAGUGAGGCGGUUGAGGAUGAAGAUCUCAGCCUUCUCCCAGAGUGUGAGGAUGAGGAGUGUGAAGAGGAUGCCUCAGAGGUGGAGGCUGACAACCAGGAGAACGUGGAGACAGACUUGGAGGAUGAACCACUGUCAGACGAGGGCGGCCAUGUUCCUAAAGGGGGUGACAGAGCCAAAAGCUCAAGGAAACCUGACCCGAGGAAAAGUCCUGCUUUCAGCGAUGAGGACUCUGACCUUGACUUUGAUAUUAGCAAGUUGGAGCAGCAGACCAAGAUGCAGAUCAAACCACCUAGAAAACCAAGGGAAAAGUCUGUAGUAGAUGAUAAGUUCUUCAAACUGUCCGAAAUGGAGAGCUUUUUAGAAAAAGUGGAAAAAGAAGAGGAAAAAACACCUGAUGGUGAAGAGGAGGAAGAGGAAGACAUUGACCUUUUUGAAGACAUUGAUUCAGAUGAAAAUGAGGGAGGGCUAUUUGGGAAGCAAAAGAUUAAGUCAAAUAAAAGUAGCAGAAAUCUGAAAUACAAGGACUUCUUUGAUCCAGUUGAAAGUGAUGAAGAAAUGACUGGUGUGGAAGGCGAGCUGGGGUCAGACGAAGAGGAAGGGCUCCCUGAGGAAGCAGCAGACAGCAUGUCUGAAUCGGAUGAAGAUAAUGACUUGGAAGAAGAUGAGAAUAGUGGUCAACAGAAAGGCUUGAAAAGAGUGACAUUUGCUUUGCCUGAUGAUGAGGCUGAAGAUACGAGUUCCUUAGCUGUAAAGCAAGAAUCCGAUGAAGUUAAAUCCUCUUUUGAAAAAAGACAGGAGAAGAUGAAUGAGAAAAUCGCAUCUUUGGAAAAAGAGCUGUUGGAUAAAAAGCCUUGGCAGCUUCAAGGGGAAGUGACAGCGCAGAAGCGGCCAGAGAACAGCCUGCUGGAAGAGACUCUCCACUUCGACCAUGCUGUCAGGAUGGCCCCUGUAAUCACAGAAGAAACUACCCUCCAUCUAGAAGAUAUCAUUAAACAGAGGAUACGAGAUCGGGCUUGGGAUGAUGUAGAACGGAAAGAGAAACCUAAGGAGGAUGCAUAUGAAUAUAAGAAGCGUUUGACGUUAGACCAUGAGAAGAGCAAGCUAAGUCUUGCUGAGAUUUAUGAGCAGGAAUAUAUCAAACUCAACCAGCAAAAAGCUGAAGAAGAAGACAAUCCAGAGCAUGUAGAAAUUCAGAAGAUGAUGGAUUCUCUCUUCCUAAAACUGGAUGCCCUGUCAAACUUCCACUUCAUCCCCAAACCGCCUGUUCCUGAAAUUAAAGUUGUGUCGAAUCUGCCAGCCAUAACCAUGGAGGAAGUGGCCCCAGUGAGUGUCAGUGAUGCAGCCCUCCUGGCCCCAGAGGAAAUCAAGGAGAAAAAUAAAGCUGGAGAUCUAAAAACAGCUGCUGAGAAAACAGCUACAGACAAGAAACGAGAACGGAGGAAAAAGAAAUAUCAGAAGCGUUUGAAAAUAAAGGAGAAGGAGAAGCGGAGAAAAUUGCUUGAAAAGAGCAACCCAGAUCAUUCUAAGUCCAGCAGGGCAGCAGCUUCCGAGAAGCUCAAACAGUUGACCAAAACAGGCAAAGUGUCCUUGUUAAAGGAUGAACGAAAAGAUAAGCCCUUAAAGUCAUCUCAGGCAUUCUUUUCUAAAUUGCAAGAUCAAGUAAAAAUGCAGAUUAAUGAUGCAAAGCAACCUGGAAAGAUAAAGAAGAAAAAACAGGACAUUUCUGUUCAUAAAUUAAAGCUGUAACAUAUUUAAAAUUAUUGUAUAAAUCUGUAAGUUUCUCUCUUUAUUCUGUUUUGUAAUAAAAUUCCUGAGACCUUAGUUUGCUUCAUGUUGUUUUAAUAAAGACCAUCACCAAAGCC